CAUCUCUACAACCAGCUUGAGUUCGGCUUGCUUGUUUUGUAUAAACAUUUCGAAUUAGUUAUUAAAUAAAAUUACUCCGAAACACCAAAUAUGUCACGUUUCAUGCAAUGUGCCUUUCUGCUUAUCACAUUGAACAUCUGCAGCACAUGGGCCAUACGUUGCUAUCAGUGCUCCUCCGACCAAGAUCGCAAAGGCUAUGACAGUUGCGGAGCCUACAAAGCCUUCAAUAAGACAGAACACAUUUCAAUUGAAUGCAAUAGUGACGAAAGUUUCAUGCCAGGAUCAUUCUGCAUGAAGGUUGUCCAACAGGGACCCAGAGGCUUUAUAUGGGAUGGUCGCUGGCGUCAGGUUAUCAGACGUUGCGCCUCGGUCUCGGAUACUGGAGUCACGGGCGUUUGCAAUUGGGGAGUCUAUGAGAACGGUGUCUACUGGGAGGAGUGCUAUUGCUCAAGCGACAGCUGCAAUGGCUCCAACUAUGUGAAAUUAAACAAAGUUUUACAUCUACUAAUCGGUUUUAUAAUGAUGGCAGCUGCCUCGAAGCUAAUAAGAAGUUAGAGCCAGGAUUUACCGGACAUAUAGGAGUAUAACUAUAACCAGAAAGUGCCUUUCCCAUUGAUCCUUUCUCAAACUAUCAUUUUACUUAGUUUCUAUAUUAAAAUACGCACAAAAUACAUUCCGUCCAACUGCGAUACGAAGACAGAAGAUAGCAGAAAUAGAACAACAAAAGAAUGCAAUAUUUGCCAUUCUAGAUUCAUUCAAAUGUAGAGCUUACACUCUCCUUUUUGUUGUAUUUAUUAGUUUCGGUUGUUACCGAAAAGCAUAAGAAGUUUCGGCAUUCAAAACGAUUUAUAACUCAAUUGUUUAAUCCAUUUUUGAUUAAUUUAGAGUAAUUUUAAACGAACGGUUUUAGGGCUUGACCCAUCAUCUAAUUCCUAUCAAAGGAGCACAAAUAUUACCAUAAUAUGUUAUUAACAUUAAAGCUUUUUACUAUUUUGUUUUGUUUGCUUGCAAAAGACAAUGUUUAUGUCAAAAAAGCAAUGUUAACUUUGCUCAUUUGAGAAAAUGCAAACCAACUCAAGAUGGCUAGAAGGAAUAUGUUUAAAUAAACAGACCUACAUUCAUAUUUUAUUCCUUUUAUUCUAACACAUCCAGAAAGUGCCUUAUUGGAAAUUAGAAGACCCAAUGUAAAGUUUAUCCUGUUACAAGGUUAGAGAGGAAUUUAGCUCAUUUCAAAAGGAAUUAUACCAUUGUAAUUUAUUAAUUUAAAAUAUGUUGUAUUUCGUAUCACACAUAGUCAUCACAUUCCGUCAAAUCGUGGAUUAUCUUCUGUCUCAAUUUGUUUGUAUUGUUCCGUCCACCUAAAGAAAUAUAUAUCUCACAUAUUAUUAAAAUGUAA